UCUGCGUCCCUUCGGGCUCGGGCUUUGGCAGGGUAGGCUCCGUGAAGAAUAUCAAGUUGUGGAGGGGCACGGGGAGGGCCAGGCGGAGUCCCAUCCGCUCCCUACUCCGCGUCUAUCUUCCGACUUGGUCUCCAACCUUGUCUUGACGCCUCCUUGUCGCUAGCACUCUUGCUGUCCUGUUAAAUCUCUGAUUUUACCUCAUCGAUCGUUUCCCCCUGAAGUCGCACCAUUCUGCAGAGGGUCAUGGUCUUGGUUUGGGGUGGGUGUAGGUCCCUUUUUUGUAUCCCUUUCUUGUCCCUUUAAGAAAACUUCCUGCUCCCUGCUCCCCUAUAGUUACCUGGGAGCGAGCACACUCGUGUCAGGUGUCCUGGCAGCCACACGCCCGAAUCUCCCACCUUUUUAAAAUCAAAUACUUGUAAAUGGAAAGAUCUCUCCACCUCCUGCCCGUGCUUUGCUUCCUCUUCCUUGAGGUUCCCCUCUCCCCAGUCCAGACACCCCUCAGGACGGUCUUCUUCCCGGUUACCUACUUUGAUUCUGUAACAGCUACUUGAUAACACGCGUGGUUCCCCCACUAGAUCCUGCUGGGAUGAGCUGGACCUCGAGCGCAUACCUCAGCGCAAACGGCCCAGGCCUAGACCAGUGCGCCCGAGCGCGGGCUCCCGCCGCCCCUCCGGACUCGGGUGCGGCCCCAGCCCCCCUCACCCCCAGCCCCGUUGGGGAAUUAAAUACGACCGCCUUCGAUCUCACAGCGCGUCUCUUCCCCCUCCAGGCAGAAACCAGCUGAAUUAGAUAGAUCCGCCUCCCACCCGUUAGGUCUCUUCUUAUUUUAAGCAGGAUAAUUGGGGUGAAGAUGUGUAAGAUCCAGCCUAGGGGCCGAGGGUGCUCACUUCUUUUUUACUGUCAGCGGGGGUACGGUGACCGCCCAAACAAGCUGCGAUUCUGGUGGCAAAUUCUGACCCCAAAUCACCUGAACUCUCUCCCCCCCUAAUAACCUCCUCCCUUCAGCUGGGCCCGCCUCAUUAUACAGCCUUAUGGUCCUUAAAACAGCUGGUGCUCCGCUGACCCCUCAUUUCCCACACUCCAGGCCCGUUCCACGCCUCCCCCUCCCCCUAGCGCUCCUCCCCUUUCCGGGAGCCUCGUGCCUGGGGCCCAGCCGGAGGGAUCCGGGUGCCUAAGAGGGCGGGUCCUGGUCCCCCCCCCCCCCCGCCCCCGGGAGCCUGAGGGAUAUAAGGCGCAACGGGAGCAGGGGCUCGUCCACACCAGGGUCCGGAGGAGCGAUGGUCACCCGGGAUCGAGCCGAGAAUAGGGACGGCCCCAAGAUGCUGAAGCCGCUGGUGGAGAAGCGGCGCCGAGAUCGCAUCAACCGCAGCCUAGAGGAGCUGAGGCUGCUCCUGCUGGAGCGGACCCGGGACCAGAACCUCCGGAACCCGAAGCUGGAGAAAGCAGAGAUACUGGAGUUCGCCGUGGGCUACUUGAGGGAGCGAAGCCGGGUGGAGCCCCCGGGGGUCCCCCGGUUCCCAGCCCAGGACGCCGAGGCGCUCGCCAGCUGCUACUUGUCGGGUUUCCGGGAGUGCCUGCUUCGCCUGGCGGCUUUCGCGCACGACGCCAGCCCGGCCGCCCGUGCCCAGCUCUUCUCCGCGCUGCAUGUCUACCUGCGCCCCAAGCCGCCCCGGCCGGAACCCAUCGAUCCGAGGCCCCAAGCAUCGCGCCCACCGCUGGACCCCGCCGCCCCGGCGCCUGGCCCCGCGCUGCACCAGCGCCCCCCAGUGCACCAGGGCUCCCCUAGCCCUGGUUGCGCCUGGUCCCCGUCCCCUUGCUCCCCCCACGCCGGGGAUUCCGGCGAGCCGGCACCCCUCACCGGACUGCAGCCGCCGCCUCCGCCUCCUUACAGACAAGACGGGGCGCCCAAGGCCCCGCCGCUCCCGCCGCCCGCUUUCUGGAGACCUUGGCCCUAAGCUGUGGGGGGUGGGGGCGGGGCUGGGGGUAGGGUAGAGACUCCAGCCUAAGGGCAGCAGAGGGAUCCGGGAGUCGGGGCGAGGAGGUGUUGGGGAGGGCAGCGGGGCGCGCGGGCGCAGCGCGCGGGUGAGAUGUGGUCUAUAUUAGAGUAUCUAUAUAAAUAUAUAUUUUCCUGGUUCCUGUCCCUUUCCCCUGCCCCCCGCUUGCGUCUAGGAUUGUACCCUCUCUGUCCCAGCCCAGCCCCAACCCCUUCUCGAGUCCUUAGUGCAUGGAAUAAAGUGGUUAUUAAAUCCCCGUGUGUCCCAAAGCCAGGGGCCUGCCUUUAUCUCGGCGUCCACGCCUACUUUCCCUCCCCUUCUGUCUCCCGUCCCCCCAGUCCUGCUCUCCGAGGCCCAAGUCCCAGGGCAGACAGGUAAGUAAAGAAGAGUGCAGAGCAGAGACUGAGGCUGGAACUGAAAACAGACGGAAAACAGAGUUAGGAUAGGGGGAGAGGGACGGGACCUUUAGGAAAAAAAAAAAGGAAAGAAAAUAAAAGUUGGAAUAAAACCGACUCUGGUGGGAUUCGAACCCACAACCUUUGAAUCGCUCUUUCGUCACUAGAAGUCCAAUGCGCUAUCCAUUGCGCCACAGAGCCCGCUAUCCAGCGGUGGCGUCUGACGGCAUACGGGAGCUGGAUGGGGGAGGGGGAGAGGGAGGGGCGUACCAAGAGCUCGCGGUUAGGACCUGAGGCCUACCAGGGAGAGGUAGCGGGCGCAAAGUAGGUGAGCCAGGUGGGAGUGCGGGAGCACAUGGGUGGAGGAAAUAGGGAGAGAGAGCAACAUGAGUGAGGGGACGAGCACAGAGCUCCAGCUGCCUGCUUGGAGGAUGAUGCUUCCAGCCCAGGCGCACCCCACUCCCAGAUGUGGCCCCACUCAUCAAAAUAAAC